AUGAAUCAUUCUACACGACGUCUGCCAGAUGUGUGCCACCACGACCCGUCUGCCAGAUGUGCCACCAAUCCGUCCGCCAGAUGUGUGCCACACGCCCGUCUGCCGGAUGUGUGCACGGCGUCUGCCGGAUGUGUGCCACCACGGCCCGUCUGCCGCACGACCACACCACGACCGUCUGCCAGAUGUGUUGCCACCCGUCUGCCGGAUGUGUGCCACCACGACCCGUCUGCCGGAUGUGCCACCACGACCCGGCCGGAUGUGUGCCACCACGACCCGUCUGCGGAUGUGUGCCAGACCCGUCUGCCGGAUGUGUGCCACCACGACCCGUCUGCCGGUUGUGUGCCACCAGGACCUGUCUGCCGGAUGUGUGCCACCAGGACCCGUCCCGAAUGUGUGCCACCACGACCAGUCUGCCGGAUGUGUGCCACCAUGACCCGUCUGCCGGAUGUAUGCCACCACCCGUCUGUCGGGUGUGUGCCACCAGGACCCGUCUGCCGGAUGCGUGCCACCAGGACCCGUCUGCCGGAUGUGUGCCACCACGACCAGUCUGCCGGAUGUGUGCCACCACGACCCGUCUGCCGGAUGUGUGCCACCACGACCCGUCUGCCGGAUGUGUGCCACCACGAGCCGUCUCGGAUAUGUGCCACCACGAGCCGUUGCCGGAUGUGCCACCACGACCCGUCUGCCGGAUGUGUGCACCACGACCGUCUGCCGGAUGUGUGCCACGAGCCGUCUGCCGUGUGCCACCACGACCCGCCGGAUGUGUGCCACCACGACCACCACGACCCGUCUGCCAGAUGUGCCACCACGACCCGUCUGCCGGAUGUGUGCCACCACGACCCGUCUGCCGGAUGUGUCACCACGACCCGUCUGCCGGAUGUGUGCCCGGGACCCCUGCCGGAUGUGUGCCACCAGGACCCGUCUGCCGGAUGUGUGCCACCACGACCCGUCUGCCGGAUGUAUGCCACCACGACCCGUCUGCCGGAUGUAUGCCACCACGACCCGUCUGCCGGAUGUAUGCCACCACGACCCGUCUGUCGGGUGUGCGCCACCAGGACCCGUCUGCCGGAUGCGUGCCACCAGGACCCGUCUGCCGGAUGCGUGCCACCAGGACCCGUCUGCCGGAUGUGUGCCACCAGACCAGUCUGCCGGAUGUGUGCCACCACGACCAGUCUGCCGGAUGUGUGCCACCACGACCAGUCUGCCGGAU